AAAGUACGUACUCUAAUCGAUCAUUACUGAUAAAAAUAAAUUCUUAAUCAAGAGCCAGCCAUGGCUUCUCUCUCCACCACCACCGCCGCCGCCGGCAUUGCCACCUCUUCCUCAUCUCCUUUCCUUCACAAAAAUUAUCAUAUCAUCAAAAACCCACGUAUUCAUAACAAAAACACAUCAAGAUUUUCACGUAAAUUUUCAUGCAAAGCUAGUACCAACAACAACAGCAAUGAACAAAACCCUAAUAGGAGAAACGUUCUCCUUGGCCUCGGCGGCCUCUACGGCAUGGCGGGGCUUCACGGCGGCGACCAUUUUGCCUUCGCCGACCCCAUUGCCCCGCCGGAUAUUUCCAAAUGUGGCCCGGCAGACUUACCGGCCGGAGCCGACCCGGUCAACUGCUGCCCUCCAUUCACGUCGUCGAUGAUAGAUUAUAAGCUUCCUGAACCGGGAAAGAUUCGAAUCAGACCGGCGGCUCACGCAGUCGAUAAAGCUUACUUGGAUAAGUUCACCAAAGCUGUCGAGCUCAUGAGGGCUCUCCCGGACGAUGAUCCGAGAAGCUUUCGACAACAAGCCAACAUUCACUGCGCCUACUGCGACGGCGCGUACGAGCAAGUGGGGUUCCCGAAUCUUGAUAUCCAAGUUCACAACUCAUGGUUGUUCUUUCCUUUUCACCGUUGGUACUUGUAUUUCUACGAAAGAAUCUUGGGUAAACUCAUUGGUGACCCAACUUUUGCUAUGCCAUUCUGGAACUGGGACGCGCAAGCCGGAAUGCAAUUACCGUCCAUUUACGCAAACCCGAGCUCCUCACUCUACGACCCUUUGAGAAGCAAACUUCACCAGCCACCGACAAUAAUGGACCUUGAUUACAACGGCGUGGACGUGCCAACCCCCGGCGAUGCUCAGAUCUCUAGCAACCUCACCAUCAUGUACCGUCAAAUGGUCUCCAAUGGCCGAAGCCCUAGGCUCUUCAUGGGCUCGCCUUAUCGAGCUGGAGACCCCACCGACCCCGGUGCUGGCUCGCUCGAGAACAUCCCCCACGGCCCGGUUCACAUUUGGACUGGUGACCAAACUCAGCCAAAUUUUGAGAACAUGGGGAACUUCUACUCGGCUGGCAGAGACCCAAUAUUCUAUGCUCACCAUUCCAACGUUGACCGAAUGUGGAGUGUGUGGAAAACUUUGGGUGGCAGAAGACAAGACUUCACCGACCGGGACUGGCUCGACGCUGCUUUCCUCUUCUACGACGAAAACGCUCAGCUCGUUCGUGUCAAGGUUCGAGAUUGUGUUGACAGUAGAAAACUCGGGUACGAGUAUCAAAAGGUGGAUAUUCCAUGGAUGAACACUCGCCCAACACCGCGAAGAUCGCCGCUCAGCCGAGUCAAGAGAGCAUUGGGACGCGUUGGUGUGCCGAUGGCUCAGGCUGCGGGGAAUGAGUUUCAGACCACGUUGAGUUUCCCGGUGACGUUGGACAAGACGGUGAAGAUAUUGGUGGCUAGGCCUAAGAAGUCGAAGAGGAGCAAGAAGGAGAAGGAGGACGCUGAUGAGAUUUUGGUGAUUGAUGGGAUUGAGUUCGAUAGAAAUGUGCCAAUCAAGUUCGAUGUUUACAUCAACGAUGAAGAUGACUUGCCUAGUGGACCGGACAAGAGUGAGUUCGCCGGGAGCUACGUCAGCGUGCCACAUAAGCACAAGGGCCAUUCGAAGCUCAAGACUUGUCUUACGUUGGGAAUAACUGACUUGUUGGAAGAUUUGGAUGCUGAAGAUGAUGAGCAUGUGGUGGUCACUUUGGUUCCUAAGCUUGGUGUUGGACAAGUCUCCAUUGGAAGCAUCAAAAUUGAGUUCGAUACCUGAAAAAAUAUCUUAAUAUGAGGACGAUUCUAUCUCAAGUUAAGGUACUACGUUUUUUGGGCUCGUCUUGAGAAGAAAAACACGUGGCGUGUUUUGAUUCCUUGUUUUGGAAAUUGGAGUCUAUGAAUGUGUACACAUGUGUUUGUGAUUGGACGGUGUAUACCAAUUAUUAAUGUGUGCAUUAAUAUUGUUUAGCUUUGAAUAAUUAGAGAGAGUUCACUACGUACUCUCUCUUGAAAUUAAUUAAUUAUUGUUUUGCGUUUCAAUUUAUGAAGUUGUUUUCUUCGAACAUAAUCUUAUGUUUAUGACGUAAAUAUAUGAGUCCGGAUCUCUCUCUCUCUCUCUAUAUAUAUAUAUUAUUAUAUAUAUUAUAUAUUUGAUUA